AUGACUACAGCAAGAUAUAGGCCUACCUGGGACUUGGUACUUGACCCAUUAGUGUCCUGCAAGCUCUGUCUUGGUGAAUAUCCUGUGGAGCAGAUGACAACAAUAGCACAAUGCCAAUGCAUCUUCUGUACCCUGUGCCUAAAACAGUAUGUGGAACUUUUGAUCAAAGAAGGUCUAGAAACAGCGAUCAGCUGCCCUGAUGCUGCCUGCCCAAAGCGAGGUCAUCUGCAAGAAAAUGAGAUUGAGUGCAUGGUUGCAUCAGAAAUUAUGCAAAGGUAUAAGAAGCUACAGUUUGAAAGAGAAGUGCUUUUGGAUCCAUGUCGGACUUGGUGUCCAUCUUCUACUUGCCAGGCGGUUUGCCAGCUCCAGGAAUCAAGCCCACAGGACCCCCAGCUCGUCCAGUGCAAAGCUUGUGACAUUGAGUUCUGCUCUGCUUGCAAGUCUAAUUGGCAUCCAGGUCAAGGCUGUCAAGAGAACAUGCCAAUCUCUUUUCUUCCAGGAGAAACAAGUUCAGUUUUUAAAAUGGAAGAAGAUGACGCUCCGAUCAAACGCUGUCCAAAGUGUAAAGUUUACAUUGAACGGGAUGAAGGCUGUGCCCAAAUGAUGUGUAAGAACUGCAAACAUGCCUUUUGCUGGUACUGUCUGGAAUCUCUUGAUGAUGAUUUUCUCCUUAUACAUUAUGACAAAGGACCUUGUCGAAACAAGCUGGGACACUCCAGGGCGUCUGUUAUCUGGCACAGAACACAGGUUGUAGGAAUUUUUGCAGGAUUUGGUCUUCUACUUCUGGUGGCCUCCCCUUUCCUUCUACUUGCUACACCAUUUGUUCUGUGCUGCAAGUGCAAAUGUAAUAAAGGAGAUGAUGACCCUCUACCUACCUAA